GCUAACUCUGCCGGCCAACGCCGACCACGGCCAUAACUGACUUGACUAGACCCCCAAGUUACAGGUUCAAUAACAGUACUUAGGCCGUACUUAUCCCCGUCGGGGCCCACCAAAGACCUGCUGCCUUUCAAUUCCUUAGCACCUGCCUAGGUACAGUACCUAUGACUUAUAACGUCUUCUCUACCUACCGAGCCUGCCUACAAAUCAUAACCAUACUACAAAGAAAUCUAAACUACCUGCUUUUAACAUCUUUCAUAUUAAACCGAUAUUUUAUCACGCGAUCUCCGAUUUCAUAGCUUCUCUUGCAUUCACGUUUUUGCAGAGAGAAUUCCUCAACCAGCGAGCUUAAGUUACCACUACAUAUCUACUUUUUUUUACGAGCGCCCACCACCCUACCAAAUUCAGCGACGAUGACGAACGAAGCUGCCGCGGGGCCAGCGCCGCAGGCUGUAUCGGACAUGACGCUGGACAACUACAGAUUCCCAUCACACCGGCUGCUGCGACAACAAAACGAUUCCGAACGCACCCCGUUGGUACUGGUAGCCUGCGGUAGUUUUUCUCCCAUCACAUAUCUCCAUCUACGCAUGUUCGAGAUGGCAAACGAUUACGCACGCAUAAAUACACAAUACGAGGUCGUUGGAGGAUACUUAUCACCAGUGUCGGAUGCAUACAAGAAAGCUGGUUUAGCAGAGUCGCGCCACAGAGUACGAAUGUGUGAAUUAGCAGCGGAAGAGACGUCAAGUUGGCUGAUGGUUGACCCAUGGGAAGCCAUUCAACCCGAUUACAUGCCAACCGCUAAAGUGCUGGACCAUUUCGAAUAUGAAAUAAAUCAGGUCCACAACGGCAUUCUUGCUGCGGAUGGCGAGAGCCGGAAGUCCGUCAAGAUUAUGCUGCUCGCAGGCGCAGAUCUAAUUGGGACCAUGUCUACUCCUGGUGUCUGGGCGGAAAAAGAUCUCGACCAUAUCUUAGGCAACUUCGGAGCUAUGAUUGUUGAAAGAAGUGGAACAGACAUGGACGAAGCCCUUGCUAAUUUGAAACAAUGGGAAGACAAUAUCCACGCAAUUCCGCAGAUGAUACAGAACAAUGUUAGCAGUACUAAGAUCAGACUGUUCCUACGGCGCGAUAUGAGUGUACAGUAUUUAAUUCCAGCAUCCGUCAUUCAAUACAUCGAUCAACACAAACUUUACACAGAUGAUGGUGAGACAAAGACGAAGGAUAAGGAAAAGCAGAAGGCGACGAAUUAAAUUAGCACCGGACUUUUGUGCUGGUCAGAUUAUUCACGGCCGAUCUACACUUACGUCAUGGUUACUCUUGAGGGACUCAAUGUUAGGCUUUGGGGUUGCGCAAAAUGCCACAAUUUGCAUCUUCCCAUUCUCACAAUAUUGUACAAAGACACAUCAGA